UAUUUUUCUACAUUUGGUGCAGCGAUUUUGCAUUUUCCAACUGAAUACAAGAAGCGGCCUCCAAAAAGUGGAUAUCGACGUAUAAAAAUUAACGCUUCUUCUUGGGAGAUCAGCAAUAUAAGUACUUCCUCCACAUUAAAUCCUGCAAGAUGCCUUGUGACACUGAUUCUGGAGAUACAUUCUAAGCACUGGUUUAAGUGGAAGAAUAAUGAGUUUUCUAAAUUUGAGAGGACACUUCCUUUUGGAAUGUUGAGUCAAGUGGCAGGUCUGAAGGAAUAUAUUGGAGCAAAUCCAGCACUUACAUUUGAAUCAUCCACAGUAGUUGUUCAUUCAAAAACAUCUAAUGUUUCUAUAUCAAGCAAUGAGCUUGAGGAUACAGUGGGGUCAGAUGAAUUCUACGAUGCAAUAGGUGACGAGUCCUCAUCAUCUGAUGAAGAUAGUGAUGACCAAGUAACCAGUAAGAAGGACAAAAAAGUCAAGCUAAAAAAUGUUUCAUGGGCCAUAGCACGCUUGGCUUUAAAGAGGACAUCAGCACCAGACAUUAGUAAGGAACUAAAUCCUGAUGUACCUCCAUUAACUCUUGAUCCAAGUCAGUUUCACGGUACCAUGCGGCUGGGUAAGAGUGAGAGCGACUCUGAUUGCUGGUCUUCGCCAAGUGGUUCUGGGUUCAUGAUCAGAGGGAAGACAUACUUGAAAGACAGUACAAAGGUCACUGGUGGAGAUCCCCUGCUCAAGCUUAUCGCAGUUGACUGGUUCAAGGUGGAUGAGUGCAUCACAAAGGUUGCUCUGCAUUCUAAGUGUCUUGUUCAGUCUGAAGCAGGGAAAAAACUUCCAUUUGUCCUCAUAAUUAACCUCAUGGUUCCGGCUAAACCAAAUUACAGCCUGGUUCUUUAUUAUGCUGCUGACAGACCUGUAAAUAAGAAUUCAUUGUUGGGUAAAUUCAUUGAUGGAACUGACUCUUUUCGUGAUUCAAGAUUCAAACUGAUUCCAAGCAUCAUUGAGGGGUACUGGAUGGUUAAACGUGCCGUGGGAACUAAAGCUUGCCUAUUGGGAAAGGCAGUAACUUGCAAAUACCUUAGACAAGAUAACUUUCUGGAGAUUGAUGUGGACAUCGGUUCAUCAUCUGUGGCAAGAGGUGUCAUUGGUCUUGUACUGGGAUAUGUGACAAGCCUUGUCGUUGAUCUUGCUAUUUUAAUAGAGGCAAAAGAAGAGGCUGAACUCCCUGAAUACAUUCUUGGAACUGUUAGAUUAAAUCGGGUGAAGGUCGAUUCUGCUGUGCCAUUGGAGAGCUGAGAUUCUUUCGUUAGUGAGGGUCAUUAAUCCCCUUGAAAUCGAAUAUAGUGGAGUCAUUAUUAUUAAUUUGUGUACUAAAAUGAUAUCCCAACUCAUUUGGGACUGAGGCGCAGUUGUCAAAAAUGAUAUACCAAGAACAACGCAAAAUCGCAUGUUGUACUGAGAAAACCUGAUUCUUGAAACAAAAGUUGUAACUAAGAUGAAUCAUGUGAAUGCUCAAAAUCCCUAUACUUUUCAAGACAAAUAGUGAUUGUCACGCCUUUAUGUGAA